GUGCCGCUGGGGAGGGGAGAAGCUGCUGCUGCCGCCGUUGCCGGGAGCCGCAGAGGUAUUUUGACCAGUCUUCACAUUGUUUGACAGGAAGGUACACUCAGAAGGUCUUAUGAACUCAUUUGCUACUUAUUCACAGUUUUUUAAAAAGGCAUUGCUUUUCCUUAAAACUGACUUGAAGAUUUCAAAGUUAAACUUAAAACAGUUAUUCCCGAGGAAGAUGAUUUUUAUUUGCUGUGUCCUGCUCUUUAAAUGAGAGGAAAGAUGAGCCCUGUUGCUGCUGAGGAGGCCCCUGGGUCCUGUGGUGUGGCUCUAACUCUGGCCUUGUUCUAUUGCAGACGGGUCAUUACCUUUCCAUUUCUCACAAUUGGGCUGAGCACUAUUGAACCAUGGGGGAACACAGUCCAGACGACAACAUCAUUUACUUUGAGGCAGAGGAAGAUGAGCUGACUCCCGAUGACAAGAUGCUCAGGUUUGUGGAUAAAAAUGGACUGGUGCCUUCCUCAUCUGGAACUGUUUAUGAUAGGACAACUGUUCUUAUUGAGCAGGACCCUAGCACUUUGGAGGAUGAAGAAGACGAUGGACAGUGCGGAGAACAUUUGCCUUUUCUAGUCGGGGGUGAAGAGGGCUUUCACCUAAUAGAUCAUGAAGCAAUGUCGCAGGGUUAUGUGCAACACAUUAUCUCACCAGAUCAAAUUCAUUUAACAAUAAACCCUGGUUCCACGCCCAUGCCAAGAAAUAUUGAAGGUGCAACUCUCACUCUGCAGUCGGAAUGUCCAGAAACGAAACGUAAAGAAGUGAAGCGGUACCAGUGCACCUUUGAGGGCUGUCCCCGAACCUACAGCACAGCAGGCAACCUGCGCACCCACCAGAAGACUCACCGAGGAGAGUACACCUUUGUUUGUAAUCAGGAGGGCUGUGGCAAGGCCUUCCUUACCUCCUACAGCCUCAGGAUCCAUGUGCGAGUGCACACGAAGGAGAAGCCAUUUGAAUGUGACGUGCAGGGCUGUGAGAAGGCAUUCAACACACUGUACAGGCUGAAAGCACAUCAGAGGCUUCACACAGGGAAAACAUUUAACUGUGAAUCUGAAGGCUGCAGCAAAUACUUCACUACACUCAGUGAUCUGAGGAAGCACAUUCGAACCCAUACAGGAGAAAAGCCAUUUCGGUGUGAUCACGACGGCUGUGGAAAAGCAUUUGCAGCAAGCCACCACCUUAAAACUCAUGUCCGCACACAUACUGGUGAAAGACCCUUUUUCUGCCCCAGUAAUGGCUGUGAGAAAACAUUCAGCACUCAGUACAGUCUCAAAAGUCACAUGAAAGGUCACGAUAACAAAGGACACUCAUACAAUGCACUUCCACAUCACAAUGGAUCAGAGGAUACAAAUCACUCACUUUGUCUAAGUGACUUGAGCCUUCUGUCCACAGAUUCUGAACUGCGAGAAAAUUCCAAUACAACACAGGGCCAGGACCUCAGCACAAUUUCACCAGCAGUCAUCUUUGAAUCAAUGUUCCGGAAUUCAGAUGAUACAGCAAUUCAGGAAGAUCCUCAACAGACAGCUGCCUUGAUCGAAAGUUUUAAUGGUGAUCCAGAGUCAGUCAGUGAUGUUCCACCAUCCACAGGAAAUUCAGCAUCUUUAUCUCUUCCACUUGUACUGCAGCCUGGCAUCUCCGAGCCACCCCAGCCUCUACUACCAGCCUCAGUGCCAUCUGCUCCUCCGCCUGCUUCCUCCCUAGGAACUGGUUCCCAGCAAGCUGCAUUUGGCACCCCCCCUGCUGUGUUACAACCUCCAGAAGUGCCUGUUCCCCACAGCACACAGUUUGCUGCUAAUCAUCAAGAGUUUCUUCCACACCCCCAUACACCGCAGCCCAUCGUACCAGGACUUUCUGUUGUUGCUGGGGCUUCUACAUCAGCAGCGGCGGUGGCGGCAACAGCUGUGGCAGCACCCCCACCACCACAAAGUACUACUGAGCCCCUGCCAACCAUGGUCCAGACUCUGCCCCUGGGUGCCAACUCUGUCCUAACUAAUAAUCCCACUAUAACCAUCACCCCAACUCCCAACACAGCUAUUUUGCAGUCCAGCCUAAUGAUGGGAGAACAGAACCUACAGUGGUUAUUAAAUGGUGCCACCAGUUCACCGCAAAACCAAGAACAAAAUCAGCAAGCACCUAAAGUUGAGAAGGUGUUUUUCACCACUGCAGUUCCAGUAGCCAGUAGCACAGGGAGCUCUGUACAGCAGAUUGGCCUCAGUGUUCCUGUGAUCAUCAUCAAACAAGAGGAGGCGUGUCAGUGUCAGUGUGCAUGCCGGGACUCUGCUAAGGAGCGGGCUUCCAGCAGGAGAAAAGGCUGUGCUUCCCCACCCCUACCAGAGCCCAGCCCCCAGCCUCCUGAUGGGCCCUGCCUGCAGCUACCACCACAGACUUUUUCCACACUCUCUGCCCCACUCUCGUCAUCCUCCCCUCUACCCUCUUCCCAUGAGCAAAACAGACAAGCAGAGACUCCUUCAGACCCUCAAACGGAAACAUUAAGUGCCAUGGAUAUGUCAGAGUUUCUGUCCCUCCAGAGCCUGGACACCCCGUCCAAUCUGAUUCCCAUUGAAGCACUACUGCAGGGGGAGGAGGAGAUGGGCCUGACCAGCAGCUUCUCCAAGUGAAGGGCCCAUAUGUGCUCACCCCCAGGAAAAGAGGGUGAGCAGAAGGCACAGGCGUGAUGCCUACCAUCUUGGGUCAGAAAUUGGAAGAAUGAAGAAAUCUAUUGUUUGAAAUUCUCACCUUUCAGACGUAUUUUCUUUAUUCACAUCCCAGGAGGAUCCAUCUUAAGGAACUGAUCUUUGGGAAAAAAAACAAAACAAAACAAAAAAACAACAAAAAAAAAGCUAAGUUAUAAAUGAACUGUUUGGCUGCACUGUAUGUCACUUUUGCUUAUUGUCAUGUGAACAUGGAAAUUAAGGUUACUCGUAUGCAUAAAAAUUCUAAAUGAAAGGGUGUGGUUUCCAUCAAUCUGAUCUUGCCCAUCACUUGCACUGGGGUCUUUGUGGUUUGGGCAGUAGAAUUCAGUGUGCUGGGUGUUGCUCCUCCCUGUGUGUCUUUGGAAUCUGAGGCUAACACUUUCUCAGAAGGCCAGACCUUCGCUCCAUCAGAGAGGGAAGUGGCAGAGGCAGGUUAGACAGCUGUGAGUUGGACAGGAGUUGGGCGAGAUGGUUUUGUUGUUUGCGCUUGGUGUCUGUGGACUUCAGGGUGGAUAGUGCAGGGCUCAGCCUGCAGCCAGCCUCAGCACAAUGGGCAGCUGAAAGCCUGGCCCGUGGUCUGUGGGGAUGAUUUGCUUCUGCAGCGGUCCUGGGUAAGUUGGGGACUGCUGUCUGCCGAUGACGUGUGUGCAGAGCAGGCUCUAGCAACAUUAUCACAAUCUUUGCCUCCCUGGUUCUUUCUAUCUCUCGGUUGCCAGGGCUUGCAGAUUGCAAUGAACUUUCUUUGGGGAACAUCCCUGUUUUGUCCUGGAGUGGACAUGUGGCUUAUGGCCAGGACUGGUCAGUGGUCUGCCUUCCCUUGAACUCUGUUUGCUUCCUCAGAGCAGAAGGUCUGCAUUUUGCUGAUCAGGAGAAGGUGCAGAUUUAAGGGAGUUUGUAUAAGGUGGCAUGUAAUUGGCAGGCCAGGUGUCUGGUUCCAGGUUCUAUCUAGGUUUUUGGUUGCCCCCUCCCAUCUUUACCCCUUACCUGUCUGGAUUUUGCAUACAGCCUAGUACAGUGCAAACAAGGAUGUGACUUGCUCAAUUUAGUCAUAUGAUUGCUAAACAAAAAAAAAAAAACAAAAACCUCCACAAAA